CCAAUUCGACGCGUUCCUUCCUCGCAACAACACGGCUACGGCAGUCGCGAACGUGCCCGAGGGCGUCAUGUCCCUUCUGGACACUGACCUUUCCAAAUUGACUAUGCAAUGUUGCGUACUCAAGUUCUUCCCGGAUGUAUCAGUCACGUACAGCUUCACAAACUGGACGCCUGACAAGAAGCUCAGUCGCGCGGCUUUCAAGUGGCUACAAGCACAGGUAGAGAAGCUUGAGAACAUUCGCAUCUGCCCCUACCUGAACAGCCAGUACCUCCGCUUCCUUUCCACGUUCCACCUUAAGCCUGCGACCCAGCUUAAGCUGUCCUUCACCGCGAUUAAUGACACUGGCUCAGACAAAGAUCUUGGCGACUUCUGCAUUGACACUGAAGGAUUAUGGCUAGAUACAAUACUCGAGGCAUACUUUAAGUCUGUUGAGAAGGCCUGGUCAUAUGAGGGGCAGGUCGAGAAGGCCUACCAGAAGGGCUCAAAGCUGCUGGAAGGAGGCUGCAUAUUCUUAGAAUUCGGCACAAGGAGGCGGAGGGAUUACUACACACAGGAUCUGGUUCUGCAAGGACUGCGCCGAGCAGCGGACGAGGGCAAGACAUCAGGGUGGAGUGGCAAGCUGUUAGGGACAAGCAACGUUCACUUUGCGCACAAGCACAAGCUGGUGCCCAUUGGCACAGUCGCGCACGAGUGGUUUAUGGGUAUCGCAGCAAUCACGAAUGACUACGUGCACACCAAUAAAAUCGCACUGGAGUACUGGACAGCGACAUUCGGCGAGGGCGUCUUGGGCAUUGCGCUGACCGACACAUUUGGAACACCUGCCUUCCUGAAGGCUUUCAAGAAGCAGAUUCCCAACAUCACGACUGCUAUUGAAGUUACACAAUUGCUCGCCUCGACCGAGCCACCGAUCUAUGCUGGGCUUGAGGGCGCGAAUCGACCACGCAAGACUUUCGCAGAGGUGUUCACCGGCGUGCGCCAGGAUUCUGGAGACCCACUGGACUUCGUCAAGAUGAUGCGCGAGUUCUACGACCAGGAGGGGAUUAAGGACAAGAAGGCCAUUAGGCUGGUUUCCUCCGCGAAGGGUCGACACGCUGUUAAGAUCAGUGACAACAUCGGCAAGAACAACGGCGAUAAGGCUACCGUCGAGGAAGUCAAGAGGAGGCUUGGAUAUACUGAAAAGGAGUGGGCUGGCGGAGACGAGAAGACACGAUGGGGAACCGCGAAGGAGCCGGCCAAAUCAUAA